UUACAAGUGUUUGAAAUUACUUCUAUGUCAUCUGGCAGAUCGGAAUAUAUCUAAGUGUUUUCGAAGCUGUCGAUAGUUUGAAAAUGAAAGAACAAUCAAUAUAAUCUAUAAAGUUUCAAUUUUUUGUAUAACAAGAUCAUCAUUAUUGAAACUCUUUUAACAUUCAUUAGAAUGGAUGAACAAGAAUCACUUCCUCCUCAUGUACUCAUUUUCCCUUUACCAUUACAAGGCCCUGUAAACUCAAUGUUCAAACUUGCUGAACUCCUCUGUUUUUCAGGUUUACAUAUCACCAUCCUUCUCACUGAAAACAUUCACAAUCGACUCGUUCUUCACACCGAUAUUACUUCAAGAUUCGAUCAAUGUCCUGGUUUUCAAAUCAAGACGAUAUCGGAUGGACUACCAGAUGAUCAUCCUCGAGAUGGAGAGAAGUUUUUAGAGGUUUUUGACUCUUUGAGAACUAAAACAAAGACUCUGUUUAAAGAUAUGUUGAUUUCGGAUUCACUCUGUGUUGAUCUUGAUGGGGAAGUAAGACGACGAGUAGUUAGCUGCAUUAUAGCUGAUGGAGUUUUGGGAUUUACUUGUGAUGUUGCUGAUGAGAUUAAUGUACCUAUCUUUUGUGUUCGAACUAUUAGUUCUUGUUGUCUGUGGAUCUUCUUUUGCCUUCCUGAACUUAUUGAAUCCGGAGAAUAUCCUUUCAAAGAUGAUAACUUGGAUGAACCCAUCAAAAGUGUUCCGGGAACUGAAACAUUUCUCCGGCGACGUGAUCUACCGGAGUUUUGCCGCUCCGGCGAUCUAACAGAUCCAAAUAUCCAGCUCUUCAAAACAGAGGGUCAAGAAAAUUCACGAGCUUAUGGCUUAAUACUCAACACAUUCGAAGAAUUAGAUCAACCCAUACUCAAUCAAAUGCGAACAAUUUGCCCAAAUCUCUAUCCAAUUGGACCGCUCCACGCGCAUUUAAAGAAGAAACAAACUACAUUGCGAUCAUCGUCAAAUAGUUUAUGGGCGGAAGAUAGAACUUGCAUCGAUUGGCUCAACGAUCAGCUACCGAAUUCAGUAAUUUACGUUAGUUUUGGGAGUAUCGCCACAAUGACGAAUGAUCAAUUGAUUGAAUUUUGGUACGGAUUGGUUAACAGUAAACAGAAUUUUUUGUGGGUUAUUAGACCGAAUUCUAUAGGGGGAGAAGAGUGGAAAUCAAAGAUGCCUGUGGAUUUAGUAAAGGGGACUAAAGAAAGGGGAUAUAUAGUGGAGUGGGCCCCACAAGAAGAAGUAUUGGCCCAUCCCGCUAUAGGCGGGUUCUGGACUCAUUGUGGAUGGAAUUCGAUUCUCGAGAGUGUUUACGAGGGUAAGCCUAUGAUUUGUUGGCCUUAUUUUUUUGACCAACAAGUGAAUAGUAGAUUUGUUGAAAAAGUUUGGGGACUUGGGCUUGACAUGAAGGAUACAUGUGAUAGAGAAAUUGUAGAGAAAAUGGUGAAGGAUUUGAUGGUAUUGAGAAAACAAGAGUUUUUGGGAAGAGCAAAUCAUAUGUCUAAAUUAGCUAAGAAUUGUUUGAUGGAAGGUGGAUCAUCUUAUUCUAAUUUCGAUCGUCUUGUGAAGGAUAUUAAAUCUUUAAGUAAUAAGGUUUAAUCGUUGUUGAAAUGAUAGUUCGUCGAGCAAUCCUCUAAGGUAGAAGUGUCAAUCGUUGUUAGAAUCGCAAGAGCAGACUUAUUCUGUUAUGUACCUGACUUUCUUCAUAUACUGUUAUUUUAGUUUUUUUUUUAAUUUGAGAAGACACUUAAAUCUUGCUUUUGAAGUUACGUUUUGUUUUUAUUUCCGUUGGGGUUAUACACGCAUUCCUCAUA